AUGCGACGAUGGAAGGCCCGGGCCAGUGAACUGUGCCACGGCGGGAUUUUUCGUGCUGCUUCCAGCGUGGGGGUGCUGUCAGGUUUGGGGAAGAUCUUCGAUACCGAGAGCAUCGGAGACUUCCGGAGCACUACCCCAGUCAAGGAUGUGGAUGUUUUCAUCAGCCAUUCCUGGUCGUCUGGCCGAUGGGAAAAGUACUUGGCCGUGUGCUACUUUCUGAACCUUGGCUUGGCGACAAAGGCAAUGCUAGCAUCUGUGGUGCUUUCCGAAAGCUUCAUGCUGGUUUGUCCCAACGUGAACAUCCACAUCGUGUUCUGGUUCCUGCUGGAUUUCCCAAUUCUUGUCUUCUUCUUGGUCUUCUUCUUUGGGCAGCACCUCACUUGCGGAGUUUUGGGUCCUCGCUUCUGGGUGGACAGGCUCUGCGUGGACCAAACCGAUGAGACAACGAAGGCUGAAGGGAUCGCAGCCCUGCCCACAAUUGUGGCAAACUCGUCGGAUUUGCUCGUCUUCUGGGACAAGUCAUACUGCGAACGGCUCUGGUGCAACUUUGAGCUGUCGAUCUUCGUGAAAAGCCACGGUCUCAAGAAUCUCCGUCUCGCGCCCCUCUGGCUCACUCCGUGGUUGCUGACGACGAUGCUGCUCUCUUACGUCUCAGCUCGGCUCGUCGCUGUCUUCACUGAGUUUGAUCCCGGCUUCGUCGUCAAUACCGUGAAUGCCACUAGCAAGUUCCAAGGAGUUGAUGGCACUCCGUUUGCAUUCGGGCUACAUCGAAUAUCUGAGUAUGUGCUGCAAAGUCAAGCUUACGUGCUCUUCUGUGCGCCACCCAUGCUGGUUGGUCUUUUCUGCUUCCAGAAGAAGUUGGACGGACACAGAGAUAUGUUGGAAAGCAUGGCGUCUUUCGAUGUACGAAAUGCCAAAUGUGCUGUGGAGCAGGACCGUUUGUUCAUCGAGGCCCAAGUGGCGGAGCUCUUCGACGGGCUGGAGGAUCCCAUCAUCGCUGUGCCGAUCGAAGUGGCCGAGUCUGUCAAGGUGGAGAAGUCAAGCGAAGGCGACGACGAGCGGCAGGAGCUCAUGGAUUUGGCGUUGACGUCUUCAGCUCGGCUUGCCGUGCGCUCUGUGACGGGCUUUGCGAACCAUGAAGACUGCCUGGAAGAAUUCAACAUCUAUGUGCAGGGUCCACUGCGUGAUGCAGUUGUGGAAGACCUUGGCGACGCGACCGACAUACCUUAUGCUGUCUGUCUGCUGGCCAUGUUCCCCUGGGUGUUGGCUCUCGCUCCUGUUACUUGGGUCCAAAAGCCUGCGCUUCACGCUCUUGGCUUUCGAUCUGACCUCGAGUAUUUUGCCGUGAGCUUCACUGAAAACCUCUUCGUCUCGUUGGUGUACCCUGCAGCAUUUCCCUGUUUGUUCCGGUGUGUCAAGUAUCUCGACGAGAGCUUCGACCGCGGCUUUUUGCGGGCUGGCGUAGCAUGCGUCUGCGGAUGCCUGACCUUCAGUGUUGUGCAGCUUGAGUGCUCCUUCGCAGCUGGAUCCCUGGAGGGCUUCAUCAUAACUCAGCACCCAGCUUUCCUCGGCUUUUUCGUGCUGGCAGUCAUCGCCGCCAUGUUCCAACACUACAUGCUCUUCUGCGCCGGGUGGCCUCGACAAUCAAGCAGAGAGAUUGGAAUGUAG